CGGGUUUGAAGCGGGGGCGGAGGCGCGGCCGUUGGCACUCGGGGCGCUGCUGCUCCUGCGGCCGCGGGGGGCUCCGGCCAUGGCUGCCUGGGACCUGAGCUGCGCGGCCAAGCCUCGCAGGCGGCGCUGGUCCGAAGAUGAGGAGGACCCCGCCGUGCUGGUGCUCAGCCACUUCUCCCGGCCGCCCCACCUGAGUUUCGGCAGCCUGCGUGUCGGCGCCUCCCGCACGCGGCUGCUGGGCAUCCAUAACCCCAACGCGGAAGAUGUCGAGGUGGUGGUGGAGCGCGUCCCGCCGCCCGCCCGGGGCUUCAGCAUCGGGUGCCGCCGCUUCUCAUUGCAGUCAGGACAAACCAUCUCUGUUUCUGUAACGUGGACACCAUUAGAAGAGGGCAAGGUCAGAGAACUGAUAACAUUUGUUAUUAAUGGCAUCAUAAAGCAUCAAGCUGUGCUCUUAGGCGUUGCUGAACAGCCUGUGAAGAAAAAAAAGAGUCUCUGGGAAACUAUGAAAAAGAACAACAUUGCAGAAACAUCGGCGUCAAUAAAAGUUAAAAAAAGAAAUUCAGAAGUUAAACAUGUUAAUGAAACCUUUGAAGUUUCUCAGAAGGUAGAGAGACUAAGGAGCCCACUUCAGUCAUGUGAAAAUCAGAACAUAGUGGAAAACAGUACAUCCCCGGGAAAUGACUCUCUUAUUGGCUCAGAAAAUAAAUUGCCUUUAUCUCCGAUUUCACCUGUGCUACAGCAAUGUCCUAAUACUGCUUACACACCAGUUUCAAUGAGAAGAUCUACUACUUUCUCAGAUAUUGCUUCUGCUGUAUGUGAGAAGUUACUGCCCGAAAUAGACUUCUAUAAUAUCAAUAAAUCUGUUGAUAACCAUGAUGAAUUGAAAUCUGAAAGUGCAUACAAUUUUACUGGAUUAGAAAGAACACUAAAUUCAAAUAAUGAAGCAAUUCUUAAUUGUAAAAUCUCACGUGUUUGCAUUCCAGAACAUUCGGCAUCUGUGCCCAUUUUAAGUACAAGGAGAAUUUUAAGUCCAGAUUCUUUUGUGAAUGACCGUCAUCAUGUUGAUGUAGAUACAACAGAGCAGUGUGUUCCAAUUCUGUCACCUGAUCAGUUUGUGAAAGACAGCUUAGCACAUGUACAACCAAAGACUCCUAAACCUGAGACGGCUUUAAUAUCUUCUGCUAUGGGAACUUAUGUCGUGAAGAGAUUUUUGCCCCCAAAAUGGAAUAAAAAUGGAGACGGAGAGACAAAAACACAAGUCCACGUAAACUACGUGUUAAAUGAAGCCUUUGAGACACACAACGUAGAAUCACAGGUACUUCAUUAUAGCAAACCCAAAGAAAAUCAGUCAAAAUUUCCUUCUACAGAGGAGCUCCAGACAUCCAAUUCUCAAGCAGAGCAAACAAAAAAGCGAUCGGUUCUUUCUGCCACAGUCAUCAAAAAGAAGCCUGAUGCUGGUGAAGGAAGAAGAAUGGAAACUCUCCAGCCAAAAUCUAAAAAAUGCCUUAAUAGAGCAAUAAAGGAUUGUGAAAAUGUGGUGCCUGUAUAUACAAAGGUAGAAAUAUCGAAACACCUUCCAGUUACAGAUCCAGUUUCAGCUGGAAAUAAGUGUCACAAUGAAAAAAUAAGUUCACAGCCUACUGCUGGAUCAACUUCUUUGUGUCGUAAGAGGAAAAGCGAAAUAAAUAUAGAAAAAAAUAGAGUUACAGACCCAGUGUAUGUGGAAGAAGUGGAAAGAAAAAGAACUCUAACUAGCAUGUACAAUAAAAAGAAAACACACACUGCUGUGACAACAUCUGCCUUCAAACCUACAAACCAAGGGAGAGUAGGGCUGAAAAAGAAAGCUGGUUCUUCCCUUCAGGGAGCAUCAAAAACUGCCAACAAAAUUAAUAAACCCAUUGCUGGAUUGGCUCAGUCUCACCUGACGUUUUUGAAACCAUUGAAAACAGUCAUUCCUAGGCACCCAAUGCCUUUUGCAGCUAAAAAUAUGUUUUACGAUGAACGUUGGAAGGAGAAGCAACAACGAGGUUUCACAUGGUGGUUAAAUUUUGUACUUACCCCUGAUGACUUCAGUGUAAGAACAAACACCUCACAAGUAAAUGCAGCUGCUCUUAUCUUGGGAGAAGAGAACCAUCAUAAAACCAGUGUUCCCAAAGCACCAACAAAAGAGGAAGCAUCUCUAAAAGCCUAUACUGCCCAUCGUAGAUUGAAUAAGUUACGACGUGAUGCUUGCCGUUUAUUUACAUCUGAAGAAAUGGUUAAAGCUAUUAAGAAGCUGGAAGUUGAGAUUGAAACUCGACGUUUGAUAGUUCGUCGAGACAGACACCUCUGGAAAGAUGUAGGAGAGAGACAAAAAGUCCUUAACUGGCUCUUAUCUUAUAACCCUUUGUGGCUGCGUAUAGGUCUGGAGACUGUUUAUGGGGAACUGGUACCUUUGGAGAGCAAUAGUGAUGUUACGGGCUUGGCAAUAUUUAUUCUUAAUCGCUUGCUCUGGAACCCUGAUAUUGCAGCAGAAUAUAGACAUCCCACUGUGCCUCACCUUUAUCAAGAAGGCCAUGAAGAAGCUUUGUCAAAAUUUACACUGAAAAAAAUGCUGCUGUUAGUUUGCUUUCUGGAUUGUGCCAAACAGUCCAGACUGAUUGACCAUGACCCUUGCCUCUUUUGCAAGGAUGCAGAGUUCAAGACAAGUAAAGACAUUCUGCUGGCAAUUUCUCGAGGCUUCCUAAGUGGUGAAGGUGACCUUUCCCGUCAUCUUGGUUUCCUGGGACUACGUGUCAGCCAUAUUCAAACUCCACUUGAUGAAUUUGAUUUUGCUGUAACAAAUCUGGCUGUGGACUUACAAUGUGGUAUUCGUCUUGUGAGAGCAAUGGAACUUCUCACCAAAGACUGGAGUCUUUCAAAACAGUUGAGAGUUCCUGCAAUAAGUCGUCUACAGAAGAUGCAUAAUGUUGAUAUUGUUCUUAAUGUCCUUAAAGAGCGAGGAAUUCACUUGGAGGAUGAGAGUGGUGCUUCAAUUGACUGUAGGGAUAUUGUGGACAGACACAGAGAACGAACAUUAGCACUGCUGUGGAAAAUUGUCUUUGCUUUCCAGGUGGAUGUUCUUCUUAAUGUGGAACAGUUAAAAGAAGAAAUCAUGUUUUUAAGGAAUGCACAUAAGAUAAAAACACAACUGGGCACUCUCAAACUUUUUUCAAAUUGUUGUAGAAUACAAGAAGAUAACAGUCGUAGCUCCUUACCUCAGAAUUACAGUGAAAACAUGAAGCUGCUGAUGGCAUGGGUUAACGCUGUUUGUGGAUUUUACAAUAUAAAGGUGGAGAAUUUCACAGUCUGUUUCUCAGAUGGUAGAGUACUGUGUCAUUUAAUUCAUCAUUAUCAUCCAUGUUACGUGCCUUUGGAAGCUGUGUGUCAACGUACAACUCAAACAGUAGAGUGCUCAAGAACUCAUAUGGUGGGACUAAACUUAUCCUCAUCCUCAGAGUCUGAUACUUCUCUAAAUGUUAUGGAAGGAACAUUUGACCAAACCUCAGUCAUGUACAAGGAAUUGUUGGACAAUGAAAAGAAGAACUUUCAGCUGAUCAGUACUGCAGUUUCUGACCUAGGUGGCAUACCAGCAAUGAUUCAUCACUCAGACAUGUCAAAUACAAUUCCUGAUGAGAAGGUUGUUAUUACCUACCUAUCAUUUCUGUGUUCGAGGCUUCUAGAUCUUCGGCAAGAAACCCGAGCUGCUCGAUUAAUUCAGUCUGCUUGGAGGAAAUACAGGCUGAAAAAGGAACUGAAACUUUCUCAGGAAAGAGACAGAGCUGCUCGGAUAAUUCAAAAACAUGCAAUAAACUUCUUGUCUCAUCGACGUAUCUUGAGGAAAAACAAUGCAGCAGUGUUAAUCCAGAAGCACUGGAGAAGAUGCUUAGCCAGGAUGAAGUUUUUAAAACUAAAAAACUCAAAACUGGAGGAAACCAGAAGUAAAUCUGCCACAGUAAUUAAGGCUUAUUGGAGGAGAUACUAUGCUAGGAAAAAAUAUUUGCAGCUAAGAUACUAUGUUAUCUUUAUACAAGCAAAGAGAAGGAUGGUAAUGGCUGUUUCUGCAUAUAAACAAAUUGUUUGGGCUACUGUUACAAUUCAGAGACAUCUGCGGGCAACUAAGUUGGCAAAAGAAGAUCGACAAAGAUAUGAAAUCUUAAAGUCUUCAGCACUUACUAUUCAGUCUGCAUUCAGAAGAUGGAGAAAACGCAAAAUGCAGCAGAAAAUUAGAGCUGCUUUAGUGCUCCAGACUUAUUUCCGAAAAUGGCAAUCUUCAAAACUGGCUAAAAGAAGAAGAGCUGCCCUUGUCUUGCAGUCUUGGUACAGGAUGAACAGAGAUCUGAAACGUUAUCUACAUAUUAAGCAAAGUGUUAUCAAGAUUCAGGCUUGGUACAGGUGUCAGAUAGCUAGGCAUAUUUACCAGCAGCAUAGGGCACAAAUAGUGACCAUUCAGCAGUAUUACAGAGCUUAUAUAUUAGGAAAAAAUGAGAGAGAGAACUACUUGCGAAAGCGUGCAGCUGUAGUAGUUCUCCAAGCUGCUUUUAGAGGCAUGAAUGCACGUAUACUAUACAGGCAAACCAAAGCAGCUUGUGUUAUUCAGUCCCGAUGGAGAAUGAGACAAGAGAAACAAAGAUUUUUACAAUUAAAAAAACACAUUACUACCUUGCAGUCACAUGUGAGAAAAUACCAACAGGUAAAAAGAUACAAAGAGAUGAAAAAUGCUGCUUCUGUAAUUCAAGCUUGGUAUAGGGCAUGUGUGGAUUCUAAAAAAGCAGCCUUGUCUUUCCAGAGGAUGCGUCUGGCUACUAUUGUCCUACAGUCUGCCUACAGAGGAAGGAAAGCUAGGAAAGAGGCACACAUAUUGAGAUCUGUGAUAAAAAUUCAGUCAAGUUAUCGUGCUUAUAUUGUCCGGAAGAGAUUUAAAGACUUAAGAGAUGCAACAGUGAAAAUACAAGCUUUUGUAAAGAUGAGACAAGCACGUAGGUAUUAUUGUGCGUUACUGGAGGCAACGCUUUAUGUCCAGCAAAGGUAUCGGUCUCAUAGAUAUGCUCUUCAACUUAGAGAAGAUUAUAGAAAAUUGAAGGAUGCUUGCAUAAGAAUUCAAGCUGUAGUUCGAGGCUAUCUUGUCAGGAAACAAAUACAGAAGUGGACAGAUACUGCAGUAUUUCUUCAGGCACGAUACCGAAUGAGAAGGGACAGGACACGUUAUUUAAUCAUCUACAGAGCUGUUGUUGUCAUUCAAAAACACUAUCGUGCAUACCAAAAACAGCUCUGCCAGAGGCAGGAGUUCUUACAAGCUAAAAAAGCAGCCGUGUGCUUACAGGCAGCCUACAGGGGUUAUAAAGCACGUAAAAUGCUUAAACUUGAAUAUAGAGCUGCUGUUAAAAUUCAGACUGCUUUUCGAGCUCAUGCUGCAAGAACGAAGUAUCAGGCCAUGAUUCAGGCCUCCAUUGUGAUUCAGAGAUGGUACAGAACUUGCAAGACUAAAAACAGGCAAAGAUUGACCUUCAGACUUAUGAACCACGCUGUACUAAUUAUCCAAAAACAUUACAGAGCCAGUGUCAUAGGCCGAAAGCAACGGCAAGAGUAUAUUGAGCUGCGUAACUGUGUAGUACGUCUUCAGGCCAUAUGGAGGGGGAAAAUGGUGAGAAAAAAAAUUCAAAAGGAACACCAUCUCGCAACUAUUAUUCAGUCCUAUUACAGAAUGCAUGUAAAUCAACUACAAUUUAAAAAAAUAAGACAUUCGACUUUAGUGAUUCAGAGAUACUUUAGAGCUUACUAUAUGAAAAAACAACAACGUGCACUUUAUCUAAAAACAAAGGCAGCUGCAUUAGUCUUGCAGUCUGCUUACCGUGGGAUGACUGUGAGGAAACAAUUGAGGAAACAAAGAAAAGCUGCUACAACCAUACAAACAGCCUUCAGAUCAUAUGUGGUGAAAAAGAACUAUGUAACACUUAGAUCUGCAGCUAUAGUAGUUCAAAGGCACUAUCGCGCAGUUAUUCAUGCUAAAUGGCAAAAGCAAAAAUACUUAUCUUUAAAAACAGCUGUAGUCAAAAUGCAGGCAAUUUACAGAGGUAUGAAAGUCAGACGACAAAUUCACCGUAUGCACCAAGCAGCUAUUUGUAUUCAAGCCAUGUUUAAGAUGCAUCGCAUAAACAUUAGAUAUCGGGCAAUGAGAAUGGCAGCAAUUAUAAUUCAAAGACAACAUAGAGCAUUUUGUUUAGGUAAAGUACAGCGUCAGAAGUACUUGGAGCUUAAGAAAUCCACCAUUAUCCUUCAGGCUGCCUGUAGAGGCAUGAAAGUUCGACGAGACUUAAAAACUAUGCACCAGUCAGCAGCAAUGAUACAGUCGUAUUAUCGAAUGCACAGACAACAAAGGGAUUUCAGAAACUUGUUGCUGGCAACUAGACGGAUUCAACAGUGGUUCCGUGCUUGUAAGGAGAGAAAUGCACAAGUUCAUAACUAUAUGACCGUGAGAAGUGCUACACUUCGUCUCCAGGCUGCAUUCCGUGGCAUGAAAACAAGAAGACUUUUAAGAACCAUGACAGAAUCUGCUGAGGUUAUUCAGAGAAGAUUUAGAACUUUUCUCAAAAGAAAACAUUUUAUUUCCCUUAGGACAGCUGCUAUUGUAAUUCAGAGAAAAUACCGAGCAACAAAACUAGCAAAAAUUCAACGUCAAAAAUACCUCUCAUUCCUUAAUGCUGCUGUUACCAUACAGUCUGCCUACAGAGGCUUUGUGGUAAGGCAAAAAAUACAGCAGAUGCAUCAAGCUGCUGUGGUCAUCCAAGCAACAUUAAAAAUGCAUAAAAUUUACAUUUCUUACCAAGCUCUAAGGCUUGCUUCGAUAAUCAUACAACAACGUUACCGUGCUUAUAGGGAAGGGAAGCGUGUCAGAGAAAUAUACUUAAAACAGUACAAUUCUGUUUUAGUUCUUCAGGCUGCCUAUAGAGGAAUGAAAACAAGAUGCUUCUUGAAGAAAAGGCAUGAGGCAGCACUUAUAAUACAGAGAAACUACCGAAUGUACAGGCAGUACCACCACUACAGAAAAGUUCAGUGGGCAACCCAGCUAAUACAGAAGAGAUACCGAGCGAAUAACCUAAGGAAUAUUGCAGUACAGCGCUACUCUUCAUUAAAGAAAGCAGUAAUUUGUAUUCAGAAAGCUUUUCGAGAUAUGCGUUUAAAAAAACUACUUCAAGAAAAGCACCGUGCUGCUAUUGUUGUUCAGAAAAAUUUUAAAGCUUUUAGAGAACGUCAAAGGUAUCUCUCUCUUAAAGCAGCUACUCUUGUCUUUCAGAGAAGAUACAGAGCUUUGAUUCUGUCAAGGCAGCAUGCUCAGGAGUAUCUUUGUCUUCGUAGAGCAACUAUUCUUCUACAGGCUGUGUACAGAGGUAUCAGAGUGAGGAAGAGUAUUGAGUGUAUGCAUUUAGCAGCUACUACAAUACAGUCAGCCUACAAAAUGCACAGGAAGAGAAGGUCCUAUCAAAAUAUGAGAAUUGCAGCUAUUGCUAUACAAAACUACUAUCGAUCCUACAUUAAACAAAAGAAUCAACAGAAGGAAUAUCUGACAAUGAAGAAAUCUGCUCUUGUUAUUCAAGCAUAUUAUAGAGGCACUAAGGAACGACAGAAACUGAAACUUAUGCAUGCUUCAGCAACUGUAAUACAAUCUAGUUAUCGAACGUAUGUACAGCAUAGGUAUUAUAAACAGUUGUGCUGGGCAGCCAGAGUUAUACAACAGAGGUUCAGAGCCAAAGUAGCAAAAGAAGCUGACAUGGAAAACUAUGCAAAAACAAAAAAGGCCGUCAUUUGCCUACAGUCCUCUUUUCGUGCUAAAAAAGCAAGGCAGUUGUAUAAAACCAAUCUUGCUGCACUACGCAUACAAUCAUUUUUCCGAAUGUAUGUAGAAAGGAAGCGUCUUCUUGCAAAAAAAGCAGCAGCGAUAACGAUCCAGUCUGCGUUCCGAUGCCAAAGAACAAGGGCUCGUUAUAAAUUGAUUCAAAAUUCAAUAGUUGCUAUUCAGAGGUGGUACAGGGCAUGCCACAGGGCUCGUUUACAGAAAGCAGAAUACUCUGCUCAAAAGCAAGCAAUAGUAAUUAUUCAGUCUGCCUGUCGUGGAAUGAAAGCAAGAAAAACAGCAAGACAAAUACGAGCCGCAAGGAAGAUUCAGUCUUUUCUUUGGAUGGCUGUGCAUCGCAGAAAAUUUAUUCAACUUAAAACAGCAGCAAUUACAAUAGAAGCCUAUUACUUAAUGUAUAAAGCUAAAUCACAGUAUGCAAGCUAUAAAAAAGCAGCAGUUGUCUUACAGAGAUGGUACAAAUCCUGUUUGAUUGUAAAAUGCCAAAGAACGACUUACUUACAAACCCGGAAAAAAAUCAUCAUUGUGCAGGCAAGAGUCAAGGGAUUCAUCGAAAGGAAGAGGUUUCACAAAAUGAAAGAAAGCGCAAUAAAAAUUCAGAUUUCAGAACAGAAACAGAAGAAACUGCUUUGCUUUAUAGCAGCUGCAUAUCAUCAUGUCUCUGCAAUUAAAAUUCAAAGGGCCUAUAGGAUGCAUCUCACCUUAAAGCUUGCACGAAACCAUAUCUCAUCUGUUCUUAUAAUACAGAGAUGGUUUCGAGCAAAAAUGCAACAGAAAAGAUUUCUAAGACAUUAUCAAAGAAUCAUUCAAUUGCAACGUAUGAUUCGAGUCUGGCUAAAUCGCAGAAAUGAUGCAGCAACCAUAAUCCAACGAAGCAUACGAAGAUUUCUUGCCUGCAGACGUAACAGAAAAUUUGCCAAUGGAAUAAUUAAAUUUCAGGCAUUGUGGAGAGGAUAUUCUUGGAGGAAGAGUAAUGACACAGCAAAAACUAGAGUUUUAAGGCGCCGUUUGGAAAAGGCUAAUGAAAAGAGCAAAGAAGAAGAAAAACUGUGCAACAGAACCGCAAUUGCUAUUGAACACCUUCUAAAAUACAAACAUCUUUCAUACGUUCUUGCAGCAUUAAAGCAUCUAGAGGUAGUUACCAGACUCUCCCCACUCUGUUGCGAAAAUAUGGUCCAGAGCAGAGCAAUCUUCAGUAUUUUUGUUCUAAUUCGAAGUUGCAACCGGAGUGUUCCAUGCAUGGAUGUGAUCAGAUACUCAAUUCAAGUUCUACUUAAUGUUUCAAAGUAUGAAAGAACUACUCAAGCAGUUUAUGAAGUAGAAAAUUCCAUAGAUACGUUACUAAACCUACUGCAAAUGUACAGAGCAAAAGCUGGGGACAAAAUUUCAGAGAAAGGAGGAAGUAUUUUCACAAAGACUUGCUGUUUGUUGGCUAUCCUUUCAAAGGACUCGAAAAGAGCUUUGGAAAUCCGAAACUUGCCAAGAGCUGUGGCUUGCAUUCAAAGCCUCUAUAAACUUACAGCUCAUAAAUGCAAAAUGGAUGCAGAGAGAACACUUGUGAAACAGAAGACAAACCCUUUAAUUAAUGGAACUUCCUUUAUUCCAGUAAUUCCUCUGAGGACAACAACAGUUUCAAGAAUUAAACCAGACUGGGUUUUGAGGAAGGAUAACAUUCAAGAAAUUGUAGAUCCUCUCCAAGCAAUUCUGAUGGUGAUGGAUACACUUGGCAUUGCCUGUUAUGAAAAUUAAAUUAGUUAUAAAAAGUAAAUAUAUGAAAGCAUUUUUGUACAGUAUGUAUGUGGGAGGCAGCAAAAUGAUUUUGAAAUAAAAUAAAUGUGUUAUCUACCCUUGAGAUUGUUUGUUGUUUUUUUUUCAAAUUGCAGAUUGCUUUUUUGCAACUUUUUUGUAUUGUAUACAGCUUUUGAAAUCCUAUUUUGUACUACUACCAAAAACAAUUGUACAAUAAAAUCAUACGUUCUUGACA